AGAUAUAUAAAGAGAACAGAGAUCAUAAGACAGUAUGAUCCUCACUAACAUAUGAGACAGACUUCAUAUGGAGAAUCAUCAAUUUACUAUUGCACUAUAUGCUUUUUGUUAGACUAGAACAAUAUUUUGAGAACUGGAUAAUUUUGGUUAAGUACUUAUUGGGAAUUGGGAAUCCAGUGUCAUAGCUGUGAGAAUACCGAUUACAGGAAAGUGACCAAGGAGCUGAGCAUUUAAGAUGAUCUUAUUAGAGAAGCUGGGGCAGCAGUUGGGUCAUCCCACCCGGUCAGUGUAUGGUUGGCUGAUCACUAAGUUCCUGAAGUAUCACAACAAGAUGUUAGAGGAGAGUGCGGUGUCUCUGUCUGGGAUCCAGCAUGGAGAUACAGUGUUAGAGCUGGACCACGGGCCAGGGCUGGGCCUGAAGGCUGCAGCCACACUGCUGACAGAACCUACUGGGAGACUCAUAGGAGUGGACUACUCACGAUACAUGCACCAGAUGGCAGGUGAUCUUCUGAAGGAGUUGGUGUCCAAUGGGAAGGUGUCUCUGUAUCAGUGUGAUGUGGCAGCCAUGCCUCUAGCAGACAAUAUGGUGGACAAGGUGUUCCACUGUAAUUGUUACUACUACUGGCCAGACCUGAGGAAGGGAGCUGCAGAGAUACACAGAGUCAUGAAACCAGGAGGUGUGAUGGUGACCACUCUGAGACUGAGCAGAGUGGUCAGCUUUGCGUCCAGGAGGGAGUUCCCUGGACGGAACUGGCAACCCGAGGCCUACAUGGCAGCUCUGAGAGCCUCUGGGUUUAACCAGGUCACAAUGGAGGAUCAUCAACACAGACACAUCACCUACCAGGCCAUUUACGCUACUGCUGAUAAGUGAUGAACACACACGCCAUCAUUUGUCAUUCAGGAAUCGAGGAUCACUUACUUUUUUAAAUAAAUAGCUGUGGAUUGUUUCAAAUCACAAGCUCGUUGGCCUCUGCCUGUUAGGGCAGCGUGGGAAUAUCCCAAGCUGAUUACAGAGUUGUGAAAAACAUCUAAAAUAUGUGAAGAUAAUGUGUCUUGAGUAUAAUAAAAAAAAUUGACACAGGAGAUAUAGGAGAGUCUCUCUCUCCAGAAUGGCUCAGUGGGGCAGGGGUAUGUGGUGAAGAUAUAUGAGAGUCUCUCUCUCUCCAGAAUGGCUCAGCAGGGCAGGGGUGUGUGGUGAAGAUAUAUGAGAGUCUCUCUCUCUCCAGAAUGGCUCAGCAGGGCAGGGGUAUGUGGUGAAGACAUAGGAGAGUCUCUCUCUCCAGAAUGGUUCAGUGGUGCAAGGGUAUGUGGUGAAGAUAUAUGAGAGUCUCUCUCUCCAGAAUGGCUCAGCAGGGCAGGGGUGUGUGGUGAAGAUAUAUGAGAGUCUCUCUCUCUCCAGAAUGGCUCAGCAGGGCAGGGGUAUGUGGUGAAGAUAUAGGAGAGUCUCUCUCUCUCCAGAAUGGCUCAGUAGGGCAGGGGUAUGUGGUGAAGAUAUAGGAGAGUCUCUCUCUCUCCAGAAUGGCUCAGCAGGGCAGGGGUAUGUUAUUUUACUUAUUACUUAUUGUCCACCAUAAUGUGCAAAUAAAUUCAUAAAAAAUCCUACAAUGUGAUUUUCUGGAUUUUCUCUCAUUUUGUCUGUCAUAGUUGAAGUGUACCUAUGAUGAAA